CCAAGGGUACUGGUCAAGUGAAGGCUGCAUUGUCAGUUUUAGCAAUGAGAACUAUACGAUAUGUGAAUGUGACCACCUGACUAACUUUGCAAUCCUGAUGAGUCCUUUCAGUGAGGCUGAUUCGUCGUCACAGGCACUUCGAAUUAUCUCCAUCAUAGGCAUCAGUGUUUCAAUAAUUUGUCUGCUGGUCACCUGCGUUGUUCAUCUUUGUCUUUGGAAGCGCGUGAGAAAUGAUCGUACCACCAGAUUAAUGAACUUGUGUACUGCCUUACUGCUGUCUUAUAUAAUCUUUCUGGCUGGUGUCGACAGGACGGAGAGCAGUAUUGCCUGUGCAGCGAUAGCGGCCGUUCUGCAAUACAUUUAUCUUGUUGUAUUCUCUAUCAUGCUGGUGGAAGGAGUUGAAAUAGCUGUGACUCUCCUCGUGGUGUUUAAAACAAAGUCAAGAACUAAGCUUUUGCUUAUCCUUGCUUGGGUGAUACCAGCUAUGAUUGUUGGGAUAUCUCUAGGAGUGACCAAAUUAAAUGGUUAUGGAACUGAAAAUUUUUGUUGGCUGUCAGUUAGCAAUGGUGUGAUAUGGGCUUUCGUUGGUCCAGCUCUAGUCAUUAUCUUUUUUAAUAUCAUAUGUCUGUUUAUUGUUAUUCGUACAAUGUUCCAAUUAACUGCUGUAAAGAGUAAAAAGACGUCAGAGAAGGUCAGAACCAGUCUGUGGUCACUGUGUGUUCUUGUUCCAAUAACUGGGAUAUCCUGGAUACUUGGAAUAUUCUAUGUGAACGACAGUUUCUACUUUAUACAGUAUAUAUUUGCCAUAUUGAACGGGUUGCAGGGAUUUUUUAUUUUUCUGUUCCACUGCUUGCUGAACAAACAGGUGAAAAAUGCAUACAAGCUACAUGCAAGGAAGAAGUCUGCUACAUAUUUGUCAACGAACCCUACCUCGAAAGAUGAACGGAAUACGAAAUCUAAAGAAAACAUUUCAUCAGCUGAAGAUGCCAGCACUCGUGAUAUUAGAAACGACUGGAAACACGAGAUUCUGCAAGAAUCUUUCCCUCAGAGUCAAGUACAAUACGGAUCAUCAUUGGGAAUGUUCAAUAAAGGCAGUAUGAGAAAGUCUGCGCCAUUUAGCUCCCAGUCACGUGAUCAGUUGAUAAGUGAUAGCUCAAUGUCUUAGUCAUAUCUUGGUAACGGUGAUGGAAGCGGAUAUUCCAUUACCCUGGUGAUUUUCGCCACCUGAGAUGGACGUGUUUCUUACAAUUUGAAAGUGGUUUAAGAAUGCGUUUCUAUGCUUUUAAGACAUGUGUCAUUUCUAGUCAUUCAGGAAUAGCUUGUUUCUAGCCAUUUGAAACUGGUGCCGCAUUUGAGCCAUUUGAGAAUGAGGUGUUCUAGGCAUUUAAGAAAAGUGUGUUUCAAGUCAAAUGAGACGUGUGUAUUUUUCUGGCCAUUUGCAGUUGGUUCAGUCUUUGAAAGCUAGAUAUUGGCUUAAACAUAUUCUGCAAUAAAUAUGCAAGAUGUCAAAAAUAUCAAUGACUUGAACUUUCGAAAAUGACAAUUAUAGUAUCAUAUAUAGAAGACUAUUUAAGCGUUGUUCUUCAUACUUUGUUUUACUAUUAUUUCUUCCGAAAUUAUCACUGAUUCUGUUCGGUUUUUUUUCCCAUGGUUAAGUUUUAUAGAAUAUAUAUAUUCGUCAUUUUCAUUUUCUUAUUUAUCACCCAUCUCGUUCAAAAGCUUUUUGAAGUAUCAACAUUGUAAAGUGUGUUAUAUUUAUAAAUAGUGUGACUGCCUGUAUUCAAAUGUUGUAUUUACGAAUUUUGAUUUAUAUUUUUAUGUCUUUGUUUCUUUAAUGCAAAAUAAAAAGAGGAUAAUAAAGAUCAUAUAUUCAUAUACUGAUUAUAUCUGAUGCAAAAUAAAAGAAUAAAGUAACGUAAAGCUAUCGUUCGGCGUGUUCUUUUUUUCCGUUCUGUAUUGUAUAUUAUUGUAAAACAGAAUUAAAUAAAUAAAA